GUCGAAUUUCGAUCAUCAUCCUCCCACCGACGAAGAUUGUCCGGCCUUUAUAUAUACAGGCACCUUCACCUUCAGUUUCUUUGCAUUGUAAACUUGCCUGGCCCCUUUCCUACCACACGCGCCACCCAACCCCUGCACCCUUGUCCUUGGGCGAACCAUCGCCGCCCUCGACCACGUCGCCCACCAUGUCCCACCUCAAAUACGCCGACGCCAAGUACGUAUUCCUUACAGACUUCGAUGGCACCAUCACUCUCCUUGAUUCCAAUGACCACAUGGUCGACACGUGCGGUAUGGGCUACAUAGAGAGGAGAAAGAUCAACGAGAAGAUCGUCAGCGAGGAGGUCUCUUACCGCGAGGGCUUCAAGCAGAUGAUUGAGUCUGUACACAAGCCCUUUGAUGAGAUGAAAGAGCUGGUCCGACGAGAUGUCACCCUCGACCCUGGGUUCAAAGAGUUCCACUCCUUUGCCAAGGGAAACAAUAUCCCUAUUAUUGUCGUCUCCUCUGGUAUGACUCCCAUUAUUCGCGCCAUUUUCUCCAACCUGAUCGGACAAGAGGAGGCAGACAAGAUUGACGUCAUCUCCAACGAAGUCAUGUUCACUGAUCCCGAGGGAAAGGGCAACACCUGGGAGAUCGUAUACAGGCACCCGGAAAACCACUACGGCCACGACAAGAGCCUGUCCAUCAAGCCGUACCGGGAGCUCGAACAACGACCGACGCUCUUCUUCGCUGGCGACGGAAUUUCGGACAUGUCCGCUGCGCAGCACGCGGAUGUCCUCUUUGUCAAAGACAAGAAGGACAAUGACCUUGGAAAGUACUGCGACAACAAGGGCUACCCAUAUAGGCUGUUCAAGGACUGGACCCAGAUCAAAGCUGACGUGCAGCAGAUUAUCGAGGGCAAGGUAGAGCCGAAGGACGUCAUGACGGACCUCGGAAAGACCACCGGCAAGGCAUCUGCUUGAGUCACAAAGUAGCCCUCAAAGGGGCAUGUCUUUUUGUUUAGAGCGCGACUAAAAAUCGCCCGCCCGUCCGCUUUGAUACGCUAGUAUGACGCGUCUUCGUUCUCCGGCCGCCGGUGUGCGACACAUGUGAUGUGCGUUCCAGGGUGCACAUUCUCGUCAUGCACUUUUGUGCAAGGAGGGUGGGGCGAAGUCCCACGUCGACUUGACGAUACGCUCGAGUUGCGUUCGACAUAGUCGCCGCUGGUGUAGAAUAGAAAAAAGU